GCAAAUAUUUGGACAUGGAAUCCGCGAUACUUUCGGCUUCACUGAGCUCAGAUUCGGGUGUUUUUGGAGGGCCAUUUUGUGGUUUCUCGACCUCAGUCCUUGGUGGUGGUUGACCAGUGACAUUGUUCCUCUCGCCGCCUCGGUUGGUGCUGGAGCUCUUGCCCCUCCUCCCGAUGAUGCUCACUUCGCCCCGGUCAUUGCGGGGUUGGCGACUCUGUUUCCAUAUUUGCCGUGCCAAAUAGCUCAGCUGGGCCUUUUGGCUUGUGUUGCGAGCGCAUGUCGUCACCACUGCGUUUGUUGAGGAUGAACUUGGUGAUAAUCCCAGGAGGAGCAAAUACCCGGAGGUGCAGCUCUUUCUGGGGGGAGGUCGGGCUGCUCUUGAAGAAUAAGCCCUCGAGAAGCUCUUCGCUGGGUGGAUCAAUGGCGAAGUGUGACUCGGAUUUGCGGGGUGGAAGGGCUGGCAGAGUUGGCCAAACGGCGUGCGGGUUGGCUUCGGCGGGCGUUGUGGUAGCCUCGCUGCGAAAAUGGUGACGGAAUCUCGGAUCGAGCCCCAAAGAUGACGGCCCAGUUGGGUCGUUGCGGCGCUAGAUGUCAUUGUUGAAAGGCAUGCUGAGACACAGGCGGGGGCAGCAGGAGCUCGACGGGACCAGCAGAGCUCAAGUCAUGGCCAAAGAGGGCCUUGUCGACUCUUUAAGCAAGGGGGGAAAGGGCGAGGAGGAGUUGCAAUUGUGCCGGAGCGCCGGCCACUUUUUUUCUGGAGUUGAAGUCAAAAAGUGAAGAAAUGCAGCGGGAACCUUGGAACGCGGCCGCGCUUGAAAGCCUUGUCAGUGAAUGACGCUAAGCUCGGCGCCCCAGCCUGUGGGACAAGGAUCGCUGCUGGGUGUGCCGAUUGCUUGGCAUCGACCAAAACCAAUCGAUAAGCCCCAGAUACCAAUGGUGGGUCCACGAAAGUCUACAGAAUUCAACCCCACCAUUCAAAAAAAAGGCGGACAGGCCUCUGCAAACUCGACAGCCAUCCAUCAGCGAUAACGACCGACGAUAAGUUUUUUCUCGAGCCUUGUUGCCGUCACACUCACAGUCUUUUGCGACCACAGUCACAUACCAGAAUCAACGUCAAAAUGCCUGCGCCCACAGCGCUCCUCCAGUCGACUGCGGCCUCCGAAAACACCGCCAUUCCCAUCCAGACCGAGCAGGAGGAGGAGCUCAUUCUCGACAUUCAAGAUGCCACCGGCCUGACAGACCCAGCUGCUGCCGCGCCCCCACCAAACGGCGAGGAGAGUGAGAUGGUGUUCGACGAGGAGGGGCGACCGAGGUUUGCGCCAGGGAGAGAUGUGGAUCCUGUCCGUCGUGUAGAGACAAGAAAGAUCCCAAUUCCACCAAAUCGCAUGUCUGCUCUCAAGAGCAAUUGGACAAAGAUUUAUCCCCCGCUCGUGGACCACUGCAAGCUCCAGGUGCGCAUGAACAUCAAGGACAAGCGCGUAGAGCUCCGAUCCAACAGGGCCACCGUCAGCAACGAGGCUCUCCAGAUGGGCGCUGAUUUCAUCUCGGCGUUCGCCAUGGGGUUCGAUAUUGACGAUGCGAUUGCCUUGCUCCGCCUCGAUUCGCUCUACAUUCAGUCAUUCGACAUCAAGGAUGUGAAGCAAACGCUUGGGCCUGACGCGCUCGGACGUGCUAUCGGUCGUAUUGCAGGCAAGGACGGGAAGAUGAAGUUUGCGAUUGAGAAUGCCACGAAGACACGCGUGGUGCUUGCUGGGUCAAGGGUGCAUAUUCUCGGUGCGUUUGAGAAUAUUGGCAUGGCUCGCGAAAGUAUCGUUUCAUUGGUGCUUGGUCAACAACCAGGCAAGGCCUUCAACAGUCUGAGAAUUAUUGCUGGGAGAAUGAAGGAGAGAUUUUAGAACUGUUGUUUAGGGUCGGCGGAUACGGGGAAACGGGCACUUGGGACAGGCGUUUAGGAGUUGGUACGGUUGCAAGGCGACAAAGCUAUGGUUUUUGAUGAGUGUCAGCUUCGCGGAAAAGC